ACAAGAGUAGGAUCUGGUAAAAACUAAGAAACAACUUAAACAAUACUAUGAAAAAUAUGAGAGAAAACCGUAGAAGCCAUAUUCUAGCUAUACCAUAUCCAGUUCAAGGACAUAUAUCCCCAAUGCUCCAAUUUUGUAGACGUUUAGAUUCUAAAGGAGUAAAGGCCUCCUUAGCCAUCACUAACCACAUAUUCAACACCCUAAAUCCCAAAUCAGAUGGCCACGUUCACCUUCUAACUAUAUCCGAUGGCUUUGAUGAUGGCGGCUUUAGCGAGGCGGAGAGCAUCGCAGCCUACCUUGCCAGCCUCGAAGCAACUGGAUCCCACGCCCUAGGGGACAUUAUUGAGCAAUAUGCUGGUACGGACAACCCCAUAACUUGUGUAGUGUAUGAUUCAUUUUUCCCUUGGUGUCUAAAUGUUGCGAAGAAAUAUGGAAUAUUAGGGGCUUCAUUCUUUACCCAAACAUGUGGGGUAAAUUAUGUGUACUACUUGGCUCACCACGGGAAGCUUUCUAUGCCUGUUUCUUCACCACUGAUAGAUAUUCCAGGGUUGCCGCCCUUGGAAAUCGGUGAUCUACCGUCGUUUGUGGGCUCACCGGAGUCAUACCCAGAUUAUGUAGAGUUAGUAUUGAAGCAAAACUCUAACCUGGACCAGACUGAUUUUGUGCUAGUCAACACUGUCUAUGAGUUGGAGGACAAGGUAAUUGAUGCAAUGGCCAAAGAAUGUCCUUUGUUAACAAUUGGCCCUACAGUUCCAUCCAUUUACGUGGACAACCGAAUUUCAUAUGACCGAGAAUAUGGCCUAAGUCUUUACCACCAUGACCCUACUACUACCAAUUGGUUAAGUACCAAGCCUCCAAGGUCAGUGGUUUAUGUCUCAUUUGGAAGCAUGGCUAAUCUAUCAAAUGAACAAAUGGAAGAAUUGGCAUGGGGCUUAAAGCAAAGUGAUUGCCACUUUUUGUGGGUAGUUAGAGCUUCCGAAGAAGGCAAGCUUCCCAAGGGAUUUGCUAAUGAGGUUGCUGCGAAAGGCUUAAUUGUUAGAUGGAGUCCGCAAUUAGAGGUACUCUCUAGCGAGGUAAUUGGGUGUUUUUUCACGCAUUGUGGUUGGAACUCGACAUUAGAAGCGCUAGCUAUGGGUGUGCCAAUGAUAGGGAUGCCUCAAUGGACAGAUCAACCAAUGCAUGCUAAGCUUGUUGAGGCUGUUUGGAGAGUAGGAGUAAGAGUCAACGUGAACAAAGAAGGACUUGUAAGAAGAGAGGAAAUUGCUGGUCGUAUAAUUGAAGUAAUGGAAGGAGAAAAGAGGAAAGAAUUUAUUGACAAUGCUCAGAUGUGGAAGGGUUUGGUCAAGACAGCAAUGUCUCAAGACGGAUCUUCCGAUAGGAAUAUUGACGAGUUCGUAUCAAAAAUCUCAAGCUCGAUGAAGUGAUUUUCAAUUUCUACUUUUUCGUACUUGGUUCUUUAGUUUUUGUGAUAAUAUUCCUCCUUUUUAUCGCUUUUGGAGAAUUAUUUUUACCGUGGACUAUUUGUCUCAAUUAGUGGGAGUUUGAUUUCUUAGUCUCUCUUUGUGGGAGGUUAGACUUUGGUGAUGCGCAGGAUUUACAACAGGAGAGUCGGGCACAGAUGUUUGACAGAGGGAGACCUUUUAUGGUUUCUUCUAAAGAUAUAGUUCAUUGAUGGUUUGAUAUACAAAUUUGCAAUCAGUAUUAGAUUCUCAUAA